UUUUGACUGGAUCUCUUUGCAUGGCAACCAAGUGGAAACAUUUAGCUCAUAGUUCCGCGGUUGCUAUCUCUCAUGGCACCACUCGCAGCAAUAGAUAACUGAGCUACUGCCGUCCCCUCAUUCUCCCCACCCUCAACCGGGAUCCUUCGGCGACGGAGUCGGCCGCUGCAACGUUGCAAGUCGACCUGGUGCCGAACGGCUGAAAAGCACCUGAAAGGAUUGCUAGGAAGCAACAAAACUGAUCAACAUCUUCUUGAGCCACGGGAUUCGAGACAAUUUCACCAGCUCGAAAAGACUCGCUCAGAGACACUCACGCAAAGAUGACCGCCUCCAGCCUGCUCGAUCGCCUCAACCGAGACGGCUUCGUCGUGAUCCCGUCCAUCCUCACCGAAGACCAACUCAAAGACCUCCGGAGCGCGACUCGAAACGCCACAGAGCUCGCCCGCGCCGGAAAAUGGCCGAACGUGCGGACGCUGCCCAAGCAGUUCCCGCCGUGGCCGGUCGCCACCCCGGAAGCGCCCCCGGACGGCAUCUGGGGCGUCCAGGGGAUGAUGCACCCCGACAUGCCCAAUAACGCCGCCUUCAUCAAAACGUACUUUUCGGAUGCUGUGAUUGAGCCGACGAAACAGCUGCUGCAGUGCAGCGACGACGAUCUGGUCAUGGAGCUUUUCAAUUUGCUCAUACGGCCUGAUGAGGACUUUGAACUACGCUGGCACAGAGAUGAUAUUCCUGCGACUGCUACCGCGGAGGAGGAGCUCGAUCGGCUCAAUAAGCCGGCCUAUUCGGCGCAGUGGAACCUGGCUCUCUACGAUGAUAACAGUCUCAUCGUCGUCCCAGGCUCGCAUACCAGAGCCAGGACAGACAUUGAGCGCAACGCUGAUCCUUAUGAGAAGGAGAUCCCUGAGCAACUAUACGUGGAACUCAAGGCAGGCGAUAUUGUCUUUUACAACAACAAUAUCCUGCACCGCGGGGCAUACGUCGCGAAUAAGGAACGCAUGACACUGCAUGGGAGUGCGGGACAUGUCAACGGGAGCACACUCCGAGCCCGCAAUGUAUUGCAACACGGGCUCAAGGGCUGGGUGGAUAAGGUCGAUCUGGGCGUGUUGGAUGAGAAGGAGAGGGCGAGGGCUGAGAACAUGCGGAGAAUGCUGGUUAAGCUGGGCCAGGAAGCGGGGGAAGUGGGAUAUUCUCUCGAGGGGUAG